GGGAGACCCAUUUGCGGGGCCGCCCUGGAGGUGAGCGCGACACGGACGUCGUCGAGCGACAUCGCGGACCUGAACAGUCAAGACGCACAGACGGUGUGCGAAGCGCUGGGUCGCUACGAAGAAACGCUUCGCGGCGCCGUUAAGGAGAUCCACGUGGAUAUCCAGGUCUUUAAAAACGGCGUGGACCGACAGGUGGCCGAAGUGUUGCGCUUGGCCAAUCCGCUGGCCAGCACCGUAGCCGAGCUCCAGCAAGAGAACCAGCAGUUGCGGACGCAGGUCGAGCAUUUAGCUCAGCAGAUGGAGAUCCUCAGCCGGGCAGCCGGACUCUCGGACGUCUUGAUUUCCAAGCCGGUAUCCCCGACGGCGUCCGCGGCAUCGCCGAAGCUGGGAAGCAGCAGCAGCAACAGCAGUCGCUUUGCUAGCCACGCUAGACUGUCCCUUUCCAGCAAGAGCCAGAGUUUGGACAUUGAGGAUGAAAAGAACUUUAUGAGCAAAAGAACUCCUGAUUCAGCCAUAACCGAGAAUGGGCAUCAGUUGUCAGGAGAUUCUCCUCUUGAGGCACAUGCUCCAGCCAUGUCUUCGCGGAUGCCCCACCAGCCUGUUACCGCAGUAACCAGAAUAUCGGAAGCAUUUUCAGGAGAAACUGUUGGAUCGCCAGUUGUGCCAAACUCUUCCGGUGGGCAGCAGAGCGAUGUUCAUAAUGAGGCUGUGUCUAAAACAUUGAUUCAGUCAGAUAUAAAAGGUGCUAGCAGUUCGACCCUGAGCACUGCGAAGAACUGGAAUGUGAGUUCAGUGAGGACAACAAAUGCUUCCUUUACUUCAGAUAAAUUUUCUUCGGGGACAAAAUCCACAUCGACUGUAAACUAUGGAAGCCAAUCUAGUGAAAGUGUCACCACAAGCCAACAAACCCAGGCUUCAAAGUCCCACUCUUCACCUUCUUCAGUCCAUCGACAAGUGGAAAAGCGAAGGGAACUGGUGAGAUCUCAGACCCUGCCCCGGACCUCAGAAACUCAAUCUAGAAGAGCACUCUUUGAGAAGUUCGAGCAGGAUGCUGGAAAGGGGAAGAGUGUGGGCCGGACCAAACUCAAGAGAUCUCAGAGUUUUGCUGUUGCCAGUGCCAGCAGCAUCAAGCAAAUCCUCUUGGACUGGUGCCGGUCCAAAACUAUUGGCUACAAGCACAUAGAUCUGCAGAACUUCUCUUCUAGCUGGAAUGAUGGGAUGGCUUUCUGUGCACUGGUGCACUCCUUCUUCCCCGAAGCAUUUGAUUACAACACGUUGGAUCCCACCAAGCGCAAGGAGAACUUUGAACUGGCAUUCACAACAGCUGAAAAAAUGGCCAACUGUGACCGCUUGAUUGAAGUGGAGGACAUGAUGCUGAUGGGCCGCAAACCAGACCCCAUGUGUGUCUUCACCUAUGUGCAGUCUCUCUACAACCAUCUUCGGCGCUUUGAAUGAAUCCAGAAAGGCCAUGACUCUUAGAAUGGGACUGCUCCACAACUACUUUUGUGCUAAUGUUUGGUGCUGCUAUACAGCUGCUUGCCAUCCCUGCCGAGGGAAGUCCCAGGCUGCUGGACAUAGCCACAAGCCAAAGAGAAAGAAAAAAUAAAAACAGUCAAGAUUCCUGGGCAGCUAGAGCUCUUGCUGAAAAAAGAUAAAGGGCCAGCAGUUCCUUCCUUGUUCUCUCUAGGCAGCUGUGAAUAGAGAUUCUUGUUCCAAGAAUUUUCUUUUUAACUGUAUGUGCAAGCUGACUUGACCAAAUUGACCUAGAAGGAUAAUUCAAGCAUGAUCUCCUCUCCUCCUCCCUGUCUUCCUUCCAUAGAUGUCGCUCAAAAGUCUAUAUGCUAUGUCUAUCAUUUGUGGACAGCUAUGCUAUUGCCUUGUUUUAUAUCCCUUCUUUUUCCUGAUUCCACUUCCUUAUGCUCUGGAAUUUCUGGGAUAAAUUAAGGCCUAGAGACAGAUUCCAGUGUGGAAAGUUUGAAGGCUAAUGUGCAAAUUCUCUUGAUCACAGGGGCUUCUUGAAUACUUGUAGAACUCAGCCUGUUUCCAAAGGCUGCAGUAUUGAAACCCGUUUUCCUUCAAACCAAAAGACUUGCUUAUACAUUUAAAAAAACACUCCUUGCAAUAAUGGAGUAUAUUAACAUGCAUGACCACAACUGACACUUCAUCACAAUUUGCUCAGCAUUACUUUUCCCCAGUAUGUGUUAAUCUGUCACCUGAAAGCUGCACGCUGAAUCCUGAAUCGGACCCAGUCAGGCGAUAUUAUCUGAUACUGGAGCAGGCACUGGCAACCAUGUGAAGGUUAUCCGAUUUAGCAUUUAAGGAAAAGAAAGUCCACAUGAAAGGUGCAGAGAAAGGCAACAAAGAAAGGGACAAUGAGGCAGAAAGGCCAUAAAGAAAGGUGCAGUGAGGAAAUCUGUCUGGAGGAGAACUUCUGUAUUAUUUUUCCUAGUUGUGGGGAGGAACUUAUUUUUUAAAAAACUAUAUUAAACUUGUUAUAGGUGUACAUUAUGAUGUAGUAGGAGCGGGCUCUGGGGGAGGCAGAAAAGAGGGGGUGCAUAACCCUGAGUUCUGAGGUUGCUCGUUCUGCAACAGAGCAAGAAUACUUACCCCAAAUAGAUAUGGCGAUGCACAAGGACUGUGUGGAGAGACUCUUGUGGACAGAUAGUUGAAAUUCUGCACAAUACUUGCAUACCUUAGUCUUCUGGUCUUGAAGGAAUGAGGAGAAUUUGCUCUUUAUGAUAUACAUCAGACUCCCAGGCGAUGAUUGCCAGAAAGGAAACUGAUUACAGCAAGAGCACCAUUGAGUUCAAAAUAUUUGAAGUAACUGGUGCCAGAUACAUCAGUCCUGGUGCAUGCUGACAUGAGAAUUCUGGAUGGUACCAGAUUGGAAAGAGUCAUCCUAGAAGCAUUUGCUCUGGUAAUGUGUGAGAAUUGUGCUCAGUAAAAUAAGGGAGAGGCUCCAGAUCUUCCAAAAAUUACAUGGCUAAAAUAGAGUCAUGGUUCAGAUUAGCCUGGGCCAGGAAAACUGUUUACAUCCACCCAUAGGAAGUUACAUUGCACUUAAACCACACCAUUAGAGAAACAGGCAGCUAAGGUGUAGCACACUUCUAAUCUCAGUUUUAGGAUUGCUUUUCACAUCUUGAAGCUAUUUUGAAAAUGGUCUCAAGUAUUAUACAAGAUUUUGCAUGAAAGCAAGUUGCCUAGUACCAGUAUCAGCUUCUUUGUAUUGUAUGACUGACCCAGCUGGCUACUCGCUAGGAAAUAAAUAAUUAGUUUUGUACUCUGGGGAAAUUAACUUUGCCUCAAACAUCUUUUGGAUUUGGGCUGAAACUUAUCCAAACCCAUCACUAAUUAGACUAAGCUAUUUACAUAACAUUUUAAUUUCCUCUUGAUCCAGUUAACUGUAUUGUAUGAUGUGUGAUAUGAAUCCCAGGGUCAUGCAAUUUUCUAAACACGAAAACCAGAUGAACAAAACCCAAUUGGAUUCACAUAGCCUCUUUUGCAUGAAGAAACCAAAUUGUGGGUUAGGUUGGUGGCUUGAUUCACACAAAAUGUAAGACAACAGCAGAAAUCCAAGAACACAAUAAACCACAUUCUAUCUAAUAUA